CUAACAAUUUAUGCCCGUUGAAUUUUAAAUACACAAAUUGAGUUUUACGAUGAACAAUGCAAUUGCUUUUAACUUGUCUUUUGGCGCUUUUAGUUACACCACAAAGCGACGCCAUUUAUCCGGCAGCCGAGUGCUUUGUUCAAGCUCAACAUAAUGAAGCGUCUGUAUUUAUCAACGUAGCAUCGAAACAUUUUGUUUGUGGUGUACUAAGCAGUGACAAAAUGGCGCUGCCAAUGUAUAGAGGUUCCCCACACCCGCCCCCUACAACUCCCCGUUCUAGGUCAAGUUAUGACAAAUCGGUAAGCAGCAUGGCCAUGUCCAAGAGUUCCGGUGCUAGUCCUUUUGUAUCCUCAGCUCAUGGCCAUCCAUCCUUUAAUCCGGUCAAGGUCAGCUUUAGUAGCAGUAAAGCUGCAGCAGGAGCCGAUUCUAAAAUACCCAAGCCGCCCAAACCUCCAGACAAGCCUCUGAUGCCCUAUAUGAGGUACAGUAGGAAGGUUUGGGACCAAGUGAAGGGAGCUAACCCAGACCUGAAACUUUGGGAAAUUGGCAAAAUUAUUGGCCAGAUGUGGCGUGAUUUACCCGAAGCUGACAAGCAGGAGUUCAUGGAUGAGUAUGAGGCAGAAAAGGUCCAGUACAGUGAACUUAUGAAGGCCUACCACAACUCUCCAGCUUACCAGGCCUGGGUAGCAGCUAAAGGCAAGGGCAAAGCUGCAGCUGCUGCUGCUGCAGUUGUUGCUGACUCCUCUAUUGAUGAUGAAGAACAGCAACAAAUUCCUCAGAGAACACCCAGAGGUCAACAGAACUCCAAAAUGGACGCUCAAGGGAGGAUAAGCAUUCAGCAGGCAGACGAUGAUGAUGAUGCUGAUGAUGGUUUUCUGAUCAAACAUAUAUCACACUCGCGCUACGUCCGCAAUCAUAGACUCAUCAACGAAAUAUUCAGUGAAACAGUCGUGCCAGAUGUGCGUACAGUUGUUACGACGACACGCAUGGGAGUGCUGAAGCGCCAAGUACAGUCUCUCACUAUGCACCAGAAAAAAUUGGAAACUGAACUACAGCAAAUUGAAGAAAGGCAUGAAAAUAAAAAGCGGAAAUUUCAAGAGGGCAGUGAACAGUUUCAGGAUGAUCUUCAGAAGUUAUGUGAGGAAAAACCUCAGGUGACGGAGGAAAUGUUCAAUAACAUGGUGUCUGUGGCUCGUGAGGAUCUCAAAGUACGGCACCAACAAUACUUACAGCAGCAAGAAGAGGAGAGGAAGAAAGCUGCAGAACUGGCAGAAAUCAGAAAGGAGGAAGGAAAUCAGCCAGACGAAGAAAAAACUGACAUCAAAAGUGAAGAAAACACUGGUGUGGAGCAGAUGGAUGUUGGUGAGGCUGUGGUGGACUCCACAACCACAGAGCUGACAGCCAUAGACAAGCCCACAGUUGCUGAGCCUGCCAAGGAUACGGACAUGGAUACAUGUAACUCGCUGGAUGGACCUGGCCUGGAAGAAAACAGUACCUUGGAGGACUUGGGGGUCAACAGGCGAGAACUGGACAGUCCAGACUCUCAGAAAACAGAGGACCUGUCUCAAGACGGCAUGCCUAUGAGUUUGAUGCUGGAUGCCCCGGUGGAUGAGGGACUGUAUUCCCCGGAGUCCCAGGGCUCCUCCCCCGAUCACACCCCAGAGAAAGGCGACAGUCCUGAGUCCCAAGGCGAGACUACGCCCGAAAAACCCACCAAGGUACGACGGAAGAAAGAUCGCAGUGACAAAGGAGAGAAACAGGACAGUCCCGCUGGAGAACGCGGAGCCGGUCCGCGUCGUUACCCGUGCGACAUCUGUGGGAAGGCGUUUAAGCACAAACACCAUAUGACUGAGCACAAACGUCUGCACACCGGCGAGAAACCGUUCAGAUGUGGGCGCUGUGGCAAGCGCUUCUCCCACUCAGGCUCCUACAGUCAGCAUAUGAACCAUCGACUGUGUAAAACAAACAGCAACAACGAUGACGACAUGGAAGACCAACAUUCCCCAGGAGUCGGCUCCCCUGCCCCUUACUCCGAUACAGAGAAGGUGGAGAAGCCAGAAAAGCCCAAAAAGAAAGCCAAGGCCAAAGACAAGGAUAAAGAUGUUGUAUCCGAGAAUAAUAACAGUGACGUGACGGAGGAGGUGGACAAGACUGGGGAGGACAUAGAGCAGGAGGAGUCCUGAGUGUUGUCUCCAAAGUUUGAUGAGAAAUGUUCAUUUACAUAUGGAGUCAACAAUGUUGUAAUAAUGUGAAUGUUUAAACAUGAACAGGAUGUUGUCCUACGAGGAACGUUUGUGUACUGUAAGUGUGGCCAGGUUAGCCUUGUCAAAGGACACCGUUGUGAUUGGUCCUUUCAGGGGACCAAUAAGACAAGUGCUUACAAGGGAUGAAUGAGACUGUUUCUGACAGUGGACCAAUAGGGGCCAGCUUUUAAUUUAGUCCAAUGAGGCCAGUUCUUACUUUGGACCAAUGAGGCUAGUCGUAACAUGUAACAGUCAGUCAGCACAGUGAACGGGCAGGCAUAUUAGUUAUGAUGCUGAGACUUGUGUUAGUUACAACAUAAUGGACUCUUUUCCUCAUGGUGCUGUUCAUGUGGAUAUGGGCUAGACCCACCAGAUCUAUAUGUGUAUUUGAUGGAUGUGAAUAUCGUACAGCAAAUGUCUGGUUCUUUAUGUUUAUUUUCUUUGCCUCGGAAAUCAGCUGAGCCAAAAUGUGAGGAUCUUAGGAGAAAAAUAUUAGACUUUGUAAUUGUGAUAUUAUUCAACUUCUAACAAUUAACAUGCUGAAGUAUGUUCAGUGGGUACUGUCUGUUGCAAGUUUUAGUUGAGUACUGUAUUAAGGAAAUGUGUUCAGAAUCUCAAGAAAUUACAAAGUUUAAAGUCGAGUAUGGAUUAGUCAGUGUUAAUAUCUUUGUAGACAAGGUUUCCAUCCUCAUCAAAUUACUGUUGUGUGAAUAUUUGUUAAUUACAGCAGUCGUAAUCCCUGAUGGCUGUUGCAUAGACACUCAGAAUGUCAACACUAUUAUAUAUUAACAUCAGGCUAGAUCUAUAUUGGGCAGAGUGAACUGUUCUGUCCUGAGACAUCUGUGGAUCCGGGUGUAAUAUCUUGUAAGAAUAUCAUGAAUGCAUAUGAAAUGCUUUGAAAAUAUCUUCAUUCCAAAAUACUCUCUUUUUUGGCCUUUAGAAAUUUGAAAAUUAUAUACAGCUCUGCAUGCUAUCCUAUCAUACCGGAACUUGUUGACAACAACGUUUUCAGUAUUAUUUAAAGUAGCAUGUAUAAUAAACAAAAUUGCUGUCUUUGGUAAGUCUGACCAGGGUGCUUUUUAUGUCAUAAUUAAAUCAUUGACGCAAAGAAAUGAAAUUUUGUCAACACGGUGAUGUUUUCUGUUUACAGGCAAAACUGCUGGAAAAAUUACCAAUGUCUAGAUAUGAGUGGACUAAUCUAUGUGUUAAGAUUGUUGUGUCUAUGUCAGAGAAAGUGAAAACCUUGGUUCUGUCUCGCUCCAGAAUUAGAGAUUGAUUGUUUCCUGAAUUUCUAGUAUGGUUGAUAAUGUUGUACUGAUGCAAGUGUUGCAUUGGAUCAGAAAGAAGCAAUGGAGGCUUAUUUCAACUGUGAAAUAAAACAUUAAAUUUGUAAA